AUUCUACUAUUAGGUUUUUUGGGCUAAAAAAUUCAAAAUUCUUGACGCAGUGCCGCCAUGAAUCUUUGAUCUCCGAUUAGCCUCGCUAAACCCUAGAAAAAGUGAGCGUAUACCGAUGGCAGGCGGCGGCGAGAGCAGCAUCUUACGCUACUUCAAGAAAGGAGCCGAAGUCGAGGUAAACAGCGACGACGAUGGAUUUCGCGGGUCUUGGUUCUUGGCCACUGUGAUCCGGGCGCCGAAAGAUGAAUCCUCCAAGGUCCUGGUGGAGUACAAGACCUUGACAGAGGACGAGGCGGGCAAGCGGCCGCUGAGGGAGCCGCUGAGUCUGGUGGUGCUGCGCCCUCCGCCGCCAAAGGAGAAUCGCACCUCCUUCGAGUUCAGCGACGAAGUGGAUGCAUACUACAACGACGGGUGGUGGGAGGGUGUGAUCACCCGGAAAUUUGAGGGGAAGGAUAAAUAUACUGUCUUUUUUCGCGGGUCGAGGGAGGAGCUGUCAUUUACGGCCUCGCAGUUGAGGCUCCACCGCGAGUGGGUCACGGGGGGGAACUGGGUCCCGCCUUUGCUCCCCUACCCCCACGCCAAUAAAACUCCGUUGUCAGCUGAAGCGGAAGACAGCACGGUGGCAACUGAACAUAACUUUAACCCAGGAAACCAUGCGGAAGCCAGUAACGAUGAAGAUGGUUUUGAAAAUGGAUCCAUACAGUAUCAUAAGAAAACUCCGUCAUCAGCUGAAGCAAAAGGCAGCAUGGUGGCGACUAAGCAUAACUUUAACUCAGGAGACCAUGCGGAAGCCAGUAGCGAUGAAGAUGGUUUUGAAGGUGCUUGGUUCCCUGUAAUUGUUCUCGAGAAAAGAGCAGCUGGAAAAUAUCUGAUUGAGUACAAAAAACUGAUGAACGAUGAUGGCACGGACUUCUUGAGAGAAGAGAUCAAUGAACUCCAUUUAAGGCCAAGCCCUCCUGAUGUUGGAGUCAUUGACAGAUUUAAAGUUAAUGACCAAGUUGAUGCUUUUUACAAUGAUUGUUGGUGGGUUGGUAGGGUUACAAAAAUUCUUGUGAAAGAAAGGUACUCUGUGUACUUUGAGAACCCGCCUGAGGAAUUGAAGUUUGAGCAUUCUGACUUGAGGGUGCAUCAAGAGUGGAGAAAUGGCAAAUGGCAUUGCUUCUAGGUUCUCAAGUUGUAGCGGCCUUUGUGCAAGUGUAAAUGCUUUAACCCUCUGCUUCUUCUCCACUUGUAUUUAACACCCUACUUUUAAUUCUGGGCAUGGUAGCACCUUAAGGAAUUUGAUUUUGCCAUAUUCACCACCAGCUUGUUUUGUUUUUGCUGUGACCUGUAUAUUUGGUAAACUAUCAUUCACAUUUUGAACCAACUUCUAUAGUAAUCCAACUAAUUACUACUGUAA